GCUCCCCCCCCCUGCCGCCAGCAGCAUGGAGAGUGUGCGUGAGCUCCAAAACCCACUCUUGGCCAAGGCCAAUGGGCACCUUCGCAGCAGCUAUUCUUACCACCAGCACCACAGCCAGGACUAUCCCAGUCACUGUCAAGGGAAAUUGUAUUCCUACAUCUUCCAAAACACUGGUGGUGCCAGGACUCACCAGCUGCUGGAUGCCAGCUCCCUGCAGCUAGCCGUUGAAGCCUUGUACGGCCCCAAUUUCAUCCUCGUGAAGGAUGAGACUGCUCUCAAGGCCAAGGACAGCAAGACAGAGAGCUGUGAGACCACUUUUAUGGAAAGCAGAGAAGCUCCAACUGAAGGUCCCAAUGGGCACGAGGCACAAGGGUCCUGCCUGGUAGAGAGCGACAUUCGCAUCCAAACUGUGUCCUAUGAGGUGGAGGAAGAGGAGCUCCAGGAGUAUGAGAGUGACUCCUCCAGCGACAGCGAAAGUGAGGAUCAUUUCCUGAUGCUUCCCCCCCGGGACCACCUGGGCUUGGCCCUUUUCUCCAUGCUGUGCUGCUUCUGGCCGCUGGGGAUUGCUGCUUUCUACUUCUCCCAAGGGACCAGCAAGGCUGUCUCCAAAGGAGAUUUUCAUCUGGCCAGUUCAGCUUCCCGUCGAGCUCUCUUCCUCGCCGCACUCUCCAUAACCAUUGGCACAGGAGUGUACGUCGGGGUGGUGGUAGCACUGAUCGCUUAUCUCUCCAAAGGGGGCCAUGUAUAGCUGCCACCCACAUGUCAGCACCUCCCCAGCCACUGGCCCUCCUGGGAUUUAAUUUUUCUGCGGAACACAGGGCACCAGUGCCUGCAAGGGCUGCUUGCACAGCGGGACCCUGUCUUGGAUGCCCUGCACAGGCUCUUUCCUUUUUCAGACAAACAGUAGACCCCCGUUAUCCCCAAGGCUGGGGUGCCACCAUCUGACAGCAGGGAAUUGGGCACCAACCUGGCUACUGGAAUCAAGGGGAGCAUGUUUGCCUACUGAAAGACGUGUAGGAGAGAUUCUGCGUGUUGCUGCUGAGCUGGUGCCAUCACCUCUGUUCUAGGGCCAUGGCUUCCCCUCCCAGCCCCACAGCCAGGAGAUCUACCACUGGUGCCCAGGCUUAGCCCAUGAAGGGGGCACACAGGGAGGAGAGGGGAUACAGUGCCAGGAAAUGACUCUGGGCGGCUGGGGUCCUGGUGGGGUCUCCAGACUCCCAUGAUGGGGACAAUGUUCUUAUUUCAGUGCUAUGGGGUGGCACCUGGCCCCUCAACUGCAACAAAGUCAGAGGACACAGCAUGGACGUGACCAAAGGGCAUGCUCUCCUUGUCCCUCUGCAGACAAACCCCUGAUCCAGGGGAUAUCCUGGUAGCUCGUCCUCCCUAGGCAAUAAACAAGAAGGAAGACAGGCUGGUGGUUGCACACCAUCACUCCCGUCAUUGGGACAAGCUGGCAAAGACAACAAGGUUUUCUCUUUAAUAAUAAUUGUCACAAUAAUUGCAAGUCGGAGUCCCCAUAAAGUUGGCAUCCCACAGUGCUGGGCCUUGAAAAGACUUGUAAUAGCAAUUUCUACCCAAGAAACAGCCUGGGAGGGGUGGGGACCUGCAGGACUUUACUCUUGACACUAGGUCAGGGCCUUGCACACUAAGAGGGAUGGAAAGAAAAGGCUGAUAUGACAUGCAGAGCCUGGGGUGGGAGUGCUGUUUGCAAGGGGAUGAGAUGCAGAGAGGGGAAGACUUGGAGGGAGCCCAAGACACUUCACUUGGGGUGACCCCAAUACACUUCUUCCCAUGCCUUGGAGAGGAGUAUGUCCAUUCAUCCAAAGGGUCUCCUGACAAGGAAACCCCAGAAAUCCCCACUUACAUCUUACUUUUGCUAAUUGGUAAAUUGUCAGUGACAUGUCAAGUGCUUCAGAGGCAGGUGUGAGGGCAAUGGCUGCCCCAAAGGGCUGGCAUUAAAAGGCCCUGCCUCACCCCAGCUCCUCAAAAUCCACCUUGACCCUCCCUCACUUUGGCCAUGGCUCCCCUGAUGCCUCCUUCCCCCAUGUGCAUGGGGCUGCAGGCAGACUCUGGGCACCCAUCACCCCCUUCCCAGGGUUUCUGGGCAGGCUGCAGCCAGCUCUGCAAGAGGCGCAGCAUGUUCCUCCAAGAGGGUGCCAUUCAAAUGUACAUUUCAUCCUAAAGAAGCAUGUUAAUGUCUGCAAUUGCUGUUGUACUUGAGCCAUAAGAGAGAAGCACAUCAGAGACCUGUUCAGAAGCUGGUCUGAAAGUUUCCAUUACGUUUUAUAACAUGGAAGAGCUAAUAAAAAAAGCAGGAGAAAAGCCUCUGUUUAUAAGGACAUGGAGAUGGCUAGUGAAGAGGUGAGCUUUGCAGGAGAGCUGAGCUCACUUAAACCUGGAUAUGUUUAUGCAGUUCCCGAAGGAAGUUAUAAUCCAGCUGGUGUCUGGGCAACUUGGAGGGAGAUGUACUGCAAUGUAGAUCACAGCGAGCAGCUAGCGCUGGGAGCAGGAUGGUGAUGUAGGCUGUUUGCCAUAUGUGGAUGGACAAGAAUUAGGGAGAGACGGAAAGACUGGAGCCUCAUGUAUGUUCAGGCUGCUCCAUGUGCAGUAGAAGCACAAAAUAAAAUGUGCUUCAAGUGGGGCAGAAGAGUACAAACAUCAGGAGGGAAUAAUCAGGUCUUGCUUCUAAUGGUGGGCAGAGAGAGACAGAAUUUGCAGGGAAGGACUGGGGUGUCAAGAAGAGAUGAAGUGUCUUGGAGAGGAGGUUCAUCCUCACCCAGCAGCCGAGCAAUAGUGUUCAUUCCCCUCUCUUCUGUGUGCUCAGCCUUCCUGGGCAUCUAUGCCUCCAAAUAACCCAAGCAGGACAGGAGCACUGUUUCAGGAGAGGGGACAUCCAUGGGUGGCCAUGCAGCACAAGUGAUCAGACCCACCACCCCCUAGUUCAGUGCAAACCCAGCUAAAGCCCUCCCCUCCUCUCCCCUUUGAGCAUCCCCAGCUGGCUGCUGGGGUGCAGGGGUGGAGGAAUCCCUACUGAUUCUGGACCAGAGAAAACCAUCAGAACUGCUGGACCAGAACCGGCAAAGAGAAACUGUUUUCCUCUGAAUUUGUAAUUCUGCCAGAUGGUUUCCUCCAGGGGCUGCCCUGGGUGGGGGGCCAGCAGCCCUCAGCCCACUCACCAUGGGCACCGCAUCCCCCUGUACCCCAACCCACAUCUUUGUCUUUUUUUAAUUGGAGAUGCACAGGGAAGGA